AUGUCUCAACUGAACAACGGGGCGAAUACGGGCCUCACAAUCUCGUCAACCGCCUGCCGUGGUCUAUUGGUUCAGCCUCCAAUCGUCGCAGGGCCGCUCCGGUGUCUUUGCGCCAUAAAUAUUGAAACGCGCCCCAGUAACCACAGCAGAGGAAGAUCCUGUGCUGCACUCUUCCUGCGGUUUGUUCCUAAGAGUUGUCUGCCCAGGCUGGCCGGCCGACAUUGGCGUUGGCUGAUCGGCGCACGAUUCAAUGAGGUGCAGAAACUGCAAUGUCAUCUGCGCCAUUGUCGUCAGUCUACAUCUCGGGUGCUCUGUUUGUGGUUGCUGUGCCCUCGGCGGUGCCGCGCAAGAUCCGUCCAAAGAUCUGGUCAGCUGGUGUUCCCUCGACCGACCCCUAUUUUUGACUUUUAA